CCCUGUUAACAAAAAAAAAAAAAGUAAACGAGCGUCUAAACCGCAAAUAUAUUCCCUCCUUUUAUUUUAAGAGAUUUGUUUGUUGACGCAUACAUAUUUUAACUUGUUUUUCUACAUCAUGCGAAAAAUUUCCAAAAGUCGCACAGACGACGAUGUGAUAUCAUCUACCAAUGGAUCAGUGGUUAAUGAGGAAAAUGUAGACACAGAUACGCCAAAUAUAUCAAAGGAGAAGGAGAUGGAAACAGAAACCAACGAAAGUGUUGAAGAAAAUAGUGACGACCGUUCCGACUACACACCGAAAAAGAAAUCGCUUAAAGGAAAAUCUAAGAAGAAGAAAUCUGAAAAACAAGACAAAAAUGAUGAUGCACACACCGAGGAGUAUGAGGUGGAGAAAGUCAUAGAUUCAAAAAAAAUCAAAGGAAAGUUGCAUUACUUGAUACGUUGGAAAGGAUAUUCUGCAGACAGUGAUACUUGGGAACCUGAGAAUACCCUAUCUUGCCCAGAUCUUAUUAAUAAAUAUCAUGAUGAGAAAGAGAAUUCAAAAACUAAAGAAAGCAAAUCCCCUAAGAAGAGUGUUAAGAGAAAAGGGAAGAAAGAAACCAAAGUGGCUGCAAAGAGACCAAGGAAUGAGUGGGACAGUGAAAAUGCAGAUGAAAAUGCUGAAUAUGAGGUUGACCGAAUUUUGGAAGUGCAUCAUAAAAAGAAUGGCAAACGAGAAUUCCUAAUUCAUUGGAAAGGGUGGUCUACAAAAUUUGACUCAUGGGAACCCGAAAGCAAUUUGAAUUGUCCUGAAUUAAUUAAAAAGUUUAUGGAUAAGGUUGGUGUUGCACGUGCUAGUGAUGUUCGUAACUUACGAGUGGCUCCCGAAAGUACAAAUCGUUUCACAUUGCAAGACCCUUCAUCAGGGCGCAGGCUCAGCAAACGUCGCGGUCAACGUCAACGAGUUCGUUAUGACAAUGCUGAAUAAUGGAUAUCUUAAAUUUGUUUAAUAAACAGACUUUCUUUAGGUUUAAAUUUACCAAAAAUUCAUGAUUGUGAAUUAUGAUGUUAGUUAAUUGUCACUAACUAUAAGGUAUUAUCCGAGAAUUUAUUUCGCUGUGUUUGAGUUUUAUAUUGUCUUAUUUUAUUAGGUUAAAUCGAAAUCGUUAGCACCCUUUAAAGAGCACCUAUUCGAUUUUACCCGUAAAAUUGAAAAUUUUCACUAAAGAAACAAGUCGAAAACCACAAAUGUUUUUUUAUCAUUAUUUACAAAUACAUUAAUAAGUCUAAAAUUUUUUUGUUUUGAAUUUUUUAAUAACAAUAUUUCGGCCCUAAUAUAUUCUAUAUAAUGGAUAAAUUAUUAAGUAUCGCUAACAAUUUCGAUUUUACCCUGUAGUAACGUAAGGAAUUAAAUGUCUGUGUCUAAAUAGUUUUAUUAUUAUAAGUACAUAAUAUACAAUAAUACAAUCAAUGCCCAGUAUGCCUACAAAACCGUCACUGGAUCGUAUAUUUGCCGAACGAAAAUACAUUAAAAUUAUGGACGAUACAGGUAAAAUACAGAUCAAAAUAAAACUCAUGUACUGGCACGUAAGGAAAAUAUUUAAGUAUUUAAAAAAAGUUCUCAACUUUAGUUGUACUAUUUAUAGUACUUGCUUUUUUUUUCUAAAUGUAUGUUAGACUGAUUUUGAACUGAUAAUUUUUAAGCAAUCGAAAGGGGUUAUCAUUAUGAUAAAUUUUAAUAUAAUUAUGACAAAAUUUACCAAAUAAAGCGACUUGGCUUGCAUGAUUUUUUUUGUCCUCGGUGAACGUCAUGCAGUGAUUAUCUGUAUAAUGGGCACUGACUUGUAUGAGCACCUAUAGUAGAUUUCGAAUUCUCGCACGAUGAGAUAUUGUCCAAAUUCUCAGUGUUCUGUUUCGAAAACAGUCUAAAUAUAAGGGACAAUUAGGAUUAUAUUAAAAUUAUAAUAGUUUUUUUUUGUGGCUCCCGCUAAGGAACACGCUUUUUCCCGGAUAAUAAGUUCCAGGUUAUGUAUCUAACUCUUUUAAUUAUUCAGCUAGUUUCCUCAGUGUUCCUUUCUUAAUCGUAAUAGUUUAUUGUAAAUUGGUUGUUACACCAGCUUUCUUAAACUCUUGUGUUAGUUUCAAGUAUUGGUAAUGAAUAUCAGUGUCAAUAGGGUGUAUACCAAUGAUUAUGCUAUUGACUAAGGCUAUUAUAAAUCUACUACUAUUUUUAUGAAACAGUUUAUUGCCUUAGAUCCUCCACAAACUUCUGCAGAUAUUAGACCUUUUUUAUGAAGCUCAGUUUAAAUGAAAAAAAGAGCGAAAGUAUAAUACAACGCACACGGUUUAUCUAUUCUCAGUAAGUUCCAUCGUCUGUAAUGGUUUUUCUAUACUUGACACAAAGUGUGAACAAUUAAUUUUGAUAUCUUUAUCAAUGUAACAAUGUAUAAAAUAAACAAACAACUGAAUUAAAAGGAUUUUUGCAUUAAUUUUAUAUUACAUAACAGUCCACUACUGGGUAUGAUUCUCCUGCCAGAGACACACAUACACCGGCCGGUGGUUUACAGUUAUUUUUCUCUUACAUUAGUAUAAAUAUACUUUCUCUGAAUAGUAUAAAUAUACUUUCUCUGAAUAUUACAUGAAUGAAAAGGAGUGGUUACAUGUUCUUACUCACCACACGGAAGAUUGUAUUUAUUUACAUAUUAUUGUGCAGUCUUUAAAUGACCAAAUUUUAUAAAAAGACAAUAAAGAUUAUUUAGUAAAUCUAUUUUAAACCCCAUUAUUCUAUCAGCAAUGAGUGACUCAAAGUGUAUUCAAAGUAAUUUUCUAUUUAUUUUUCUAUUUAAAUUCAGACCAAUUCUACUUAUAUGUACCUAUACUUGUCAAAUUAUAUUUUGAUUGUUACAUAUUUUUAUUACAUAUAUUUUAAACUCUAUUAUUUUAUAAAUUAUAGCACGUAACUAAGAAUGGUUGUUACCCAACUUUAACAGCUUAAAUUAUAAAAAAAACCGCAAUGUACUAUAAAAGAUUUUGUCUCAACUUUGGUCUAUUUUUAUUAUAUUGCUUACCUGCUGUAAUGUAUACUGAAGAAUUAUUAAGCAAUUAUGGUGUUUUUUUAGUCGACAUUUCAGUUUCAUAAUCGCUACUAAUACAUUCUAUCCGAGAUAUUUUUUUUAAAAAAAGUUCUGUAAGUGCAAUAUCAAGAUGGGAUGUAUUUUUUUUUAAUGCAUCAGUAAUGUAUGUGUUUACAUAUAAUAAAAUUUUAUUAAUAGUA